CCUCAACUCAUUUCUCAGGCAGAUUUCACCAAUCACUUUGUAGUAACCAAGCACGAGAUAUGGCAGUGCAAUAUCGAGGAUAAAGGUAAGUUUUUGAGAUCAGUUGUGGAGUACGUUGGCAAAACUCCGAUGCGCACAGUCGAGUUCUACGACGACAACACUGUUUGGAAGUUCAACCUGAAUGGCCACCAGUCCAGAAGUGCAGCAGUCAGAGCCAUACAUUAUUACAAGGAGAACGAUUUGCGUGUCACUUAUAAAUACA